CCCAUAUAGAUUUAAAAAGCGAGAAGGAUUCAGUGUGUAUGACAGUCACUGAGUGCGAAGCAUCGGGAGAACAUCUGUCUGUCUGUAGUCCGUCUGUCUCCACUUUUUCUGAGGAUGCUACAGUUACCGCGGCUCCGCCAGGGCGUGAUCGCGCUUCUCAUAUGGUUCGCGCACUUGAUGGAACAGCAGAAAGUACAAGCUGGCAACUGCUGGCUUCAGCAGGGCAAGAACGGGAGAUGCCAGGUUCUGUACAUGUCUGGGAUGAGCCGGGAAGACUGUUGUAGAAGUGGUCGCCUGGGCACGGCGUGGACCGAGGAGGAUGUACCUAAUAACACACUCUUCCGGUGGCUGAUCUUCAAUGGCGGCGCACCAAACUGCAUACCUUGCAAAGAGACUUGUGAUAAUGUGGACUGUGGUCCUGGAAAGAGGUGCAAAAUGAACAAGCGGAAUAAGCCGCGCUGCGUGUGCGCUCCAGACUGCUCCAAUGUCACCUUUAAAGGGCCCGUGUGUGGCUCCGAUGGGAAAACGUACCGGAACGAGUGUGCACUCCUUAGGGCCAAGUGCAAGAGACACCCUGACCUGACUGCGCAGUACCAGGGAAAAUGCAAAAAGUCAUGCUAUGACGUGCGUUGUCCUGGAAGCUCGACAUGUGUACUGGACCAGACCAACAAUGCCUACUGCGUGACCUGCAACCGGCUUUGCCCCGAGGUGACCUCGCCGGAGCAGUACCUGUGCGGGAAUGACGGGAUCGUGUACGCCAACACCUGCCAUCUCCGAAGGGCCACGUGCAUCAUGGGACGCUCCAUUGGAGUAGCCUACGAGGGGAAAUGCAUAGACGCCAGGUCCUGUGAAGACAUCAAAUGCCGCGAGGGACGGAAGUGUCUGUGGAAUAAGCGUACGGGACGGGGACUAUGCGCGGCGUGCGAGGAGGACACCUGUCCCGAGAGUCGACCGGGCGACAGUGUGUGCGCUAGCGACAACGUCACCUACCCGAGCGAGUGCACCAUGAGGCAGGCCGCCUGCUCUUUGGGCCUCGUCCUGGAAGUCAAACACUCGGGCUCCUGCAACUGUAAGUAGAGGAUGCUAAGCCUGGCCGCACCCUUGUCCCGCAUUCCCACCCCCUGCCAGAUAGACACCCCUCUUUCUUACCCCUCCCACUCCCAAAAAGGAACACAAGGACUGUCAGAGAGCACGUAUUCGGCUUCCUCUCGCAAAGACAUUCUGCGUUUUACCUCAGAGGCGAUGAGACGUCCUGAUGCGUUAGAAGUGUCCAGGACGGCGCAGAUGUUCUCUUGCUCAUCUGUUGAUGUCUUAAAUGAGGUUAAGCCGAAAUCUUUGAGGUCAAGCCUGGAAGGAUUUCUGUUUGGGAUGCGAGACAGUUCCGAACACGGUGCCGCUCCUCCGCAACGGUUACACUAUCUGUGCGUCAGAGACAGAAACGUGACGAGUCAUGUGGAAAUUACAUAGGGACGUAAACUCACUUAGCAUGCUCUGUUUUGUGUUGUCUCUGCCUGUGGCUGACCGGCUCAGCGAUGAUCGCGUGAUACAGAUGAGCGUGUGUGUUAUGGACAAAGAAAAGCAAACCUGUUGCCAUUUUGGUGCACGCUCACAAAUAUACCAGUGUUUGGGGCAAAAAUACCACUAAAAGUGACACAAAAUGCCCUAUAAAUGUAAAAUAGGGGGGCAAAAAAUUUUUUUUAACAUGUAUUUUAAUACAUAGAUAUAUUUCUGACAUAUAUUUUAAUUUAAGUUUUUGAAAUGGUUGGUGUGUGUGUGUGUGUGUUUUAUGGUUUAGAAAUAUAUCGCUAGAAAAUCAAUUCCAAGAGGCAAAUAUUGUCUGCGGAAUUUCAUUUCUGACCCCAGCUAACAUCUUUGUCUAUCAUCUUUAUGUAAUAAAGGGAAACUCAAAUAAUUUUUAUAUUUUUUUUUACUGUCGAUUUGUUAUGUCCAUUUUGCUCAAUGUGAAAAUGUUAUUUCACUUACCGUACUCUUUGUUUUCUAAGUGUUGUUAAACGAAAAAAGCUAAUUGAGGGCCGUUCACACCAAGAAGGACAAUAUAAAAAAGAUAAAAAUUAAGACAACAGUAAGGAUUUUUAUAGGCACUGAGAAAUGAUAUUCCAUAGCUACGCAAAGAAAAUAUAUUUCCAUAUAUUUAUGAUCUGUAUAUGAAAUGGUUUAAAUAAAAUGAAAAAUAUAUGGAAUAAUAAAAUCCAUUAAUAUAUUACAAUAUAUUGAAUAAUGUUGAUUAAUGUGCAUGUCAAACACAAAUUAGUUGAGUUUAAAAUACUCAAUCCUCACUUUUGAGUUACACCAAGGCAAUAUUUUUUUAAGUGUGUGAUUUUCUCAAACAUUUCUAAUGCAUUCUCAAGCAAAAUAUUGCCUUGGUUUAACUCAAAACUAUUUACUUGAGAAUUGAGUAUUUUGAACUCAACUAAUUUGUGUUUGACCAAUUAGACUUUACAAGUUUUCAACAUGCAACCUGAAGUAAUACCAACACAACUUUCCUCGUAAAUUCAACUUUGUGUAGCAGAAACAUAACUCAAUUGAGUGAAAGUAACUCUCGUAAAUAUAUUGUCGCAUAUUUCUCAAUAUAUGAAAAGCAGCACUUCCAUAUGUAUUAUUCAAUGUAAUGUAAUAUAUUGUUCAGUAUAUUUAAAUUAUUUACGUAAAGGUCAUUGGAAUCACUUUCAGAGCGAUUUUAUCCAGCCACUGACAGCCAAUCAGAAUCCGUCCUGUAACAAUCUCAAGCAUUUAAAGUGACAGACAAGCGAGCACUUACAAUCAACGAAACGAUAUCGUCCGCUGUGGACGCUAAUAUAGUUAUCGUUCUUGGUGUGAACAUACCUUCCUCACGUAAAAUGUUUCUAUACAAUGUCACUUCUUUUUUCGAAUCUUAUAAUGGUUCAAAUGUGGGACAUAACAAAUCUCAUGUGGGAAAAAUGUGAUUUUUUUGUUUUGUAUGAACAUGUUCAGAUGGUUCAUUUGUUAAUGCCUUAAAGUAGAACCAUCUUUAACCAGCCUGAGUCUGUGUGUGGUAUUCGUCAUCUUCCACGAAAGCAAUAUUUUUGUUUAUGGGAAGGGAUCACAUAAUAUCUCUUUGCUUGAUUUGAUUCGAUUCUGUACAAUGACUUGACAAAUACAAGAAAUUGUCUCCGCUAAUAAAAGACAGAGGUAAGGCCCCAUUCCACAGAGAAAUUCAAUCCCAGGCUCUCCUUCAACCCUCAGCUGUGAUCUCGCAAAGCAUUGUUAGAGAUGCUUUGGGAAAAAGAUGCAAGUCGUCGUCAUGCAGUAAGACUCUGUGCCUGAAUGCUGUUGUGUUUUAUAUUAAUGCAACAGUUGCUAUAUUCCUCAGCAGCGCUCUCAGAAGAGACGGAUGAAGAGGAGGAGGAUGAAGAUUACGCGGAUUAUAGCCAUGUGUCUCUGUUACAGACUGGAUAAAUCGCAUUCAACAGCAGGACUCCAUUUAAGCGCAGAGUCAUGUUCAUAUUGUACAUACAUGUACUCUUAUUUAUUUUCCGCAGACAUGUGGAAGAUGCUUAUUGUUCUAGAUGUUUAUUUAUACAUUUUUGUCUUCUUAUUUAUACAUUUAUAGUCCGAAUAAAUGAACUGUCUACCGUCUUUUCUUUGUCGUCUUUGGAAGAAUAUUAUUUAUUAUAAUGUGCAAUGUAACUCUGUAUGUGUUAUGAAAAGUGUAUACAAUUUGUGAAGAAAAGAAAACAGUUUUUGUCAUCCUCCCAAAUCUGCCGCAAAACUUGCAUGUUUUAUUUAUUUGCAAUUCUAAUAAUGUAUUAAGCAUAGAUCUGCUUCGGUUUACAAUCAAAAGCAGCCUUUUCAGUAAAGUCUGUGUAUGAUUUUGACACAUACACCAAAAACAGUGGUUUUAUUUGACAGAAAUAAUGUUGGAAUCAAUGCAUUGUGUUUUAUAAAAUCUAAAUAUAUCCUUGAUGUUAUUUUCUGCCUAUAGGUUUUCUUGUUUUUAUGUGGGUUCUCAGACAAAGGAAUCGUUUAUCAUAUAAUGUAUAUAAUUAACAGCAUCGAUCUAGCAUUGAAUUCUUGCCAUAUAUUGUCUUUUUUAUUUUAGAGAUCCAGCUAUACAUUUAUAGUUUUGUAUUUGUUUGUAAAUGUGUAAUGUAUAUAAAGUGAAUGAUGCCAUUUGUAAAGAUGCAGUAUAAAGAGUAAAAUCUGAAAAAUCUACUUCA